GUGAGGGAGGGGGAGAAGGGCUAAGAUGGCGGCAGGCCCUGGGGCUGAGGGGGCUUGUGAGGGGAGGAAGGGUUUCUUUCCUUGUGAGGAGCAGUGCUGUCACUGCAGUGGGGUUGUUGGGCUCCCUUAGAGCUGAGGGGAGCCCCUGUGGUGGUGUAAAUAAAUAAAGGACUGUCUUUGAAAGUACCAGGUUUUCGUGUCUGUCGUGUGCCCUGCUGGGUGUCUGUCAGAAGUUAAAGGACUGUGAGGGGUGCUGGCACCCCAAGUGGGUGAUGUUUCUGACCUGACAGGGAGCAGGAGGGAGCUCUGAAGCAAGCAAGGGUUAUCGAUUGAAAUCCCAACAGGGCAGUUCCUGCGAGGCGCCGUGCGAAGGAGACUGCUCCAAGGGCUGCAGCCCUGGCUCCUGUGCCUCGUGGCUGCUGCACGACGGAGAGGAGACUACAAUUCCCAUAGUACUUCCACAUACUGGCACUCCAGUGACAUCAGACGCUACAUGGCUGAGACUGGUUGUAAAGCGAGGAGACCAAAAAUGUAAGCUCGGUGUUUCUUUCGCUUCUGUAGCUUGGCCUUCGGCAGCGUGAAAUCUUUGCCUGCUAGGGGAGGAUUUCACUUGCUGCGGAGGUGUUUGAUAAGGGCGCGUACCUGAAGAAAACCUGAGGUGACACCUAAGGGCAAGCCACCCGUACUGCUCGUGGCGGUGCUGCUGCAGCUCUGGGACUCCCCUAGUCUCGGAGCAGCUGCGUGGAGUCCUCACUUAAUGCCUGUGUUGCCAGUUGGGCUCGGUGGGCCGUUGCCUUGCCUGCUGCUUUCCGCUCUUUCUGGCGGGUGGAGAGGAGACGCUGUCCAUAGCCUGGCAACGGCUUCGUCUGCGUGUAGUAACCGGCUGCGCGGCGCCGGUCCCAUGGCAGCACUGGUAGGAAGGGGAAUGAGGUGCGGCGGUGGCACCGGCUGAGCUACGCCAGCGGACUCGCGAGCCCAGGGAUCGGCUGCUGCAGUGUGUACAGCUGGCACGUCCCAGUGCCUGCGCCGCGUCCUCGGUGGCCCGUGGCGGGGUUGGGAACGCUGCUGCGAGCGGCUGGGGGGACCGUCCCCGCAGGUUAAAUCUGUCCAUAAGAAUCUAAAUUUCUGCUUGCAUGGCAAUGCUGCAUACGUCAGAGAAGAGAACUGGCAUUCUGCUACCAAGGACAUGGUCAAGCCCAGUGCCACCCUUGGUCCUUACAAGUCACAGGUAAAUAUCAAGAAACAAAAAAUGGACACUCAAAUAUUUUCCCCGUUACUAGGGGCAAUUACUAGCACGCCACCUCCGUUAGAAUCUUCCCGGCUGUAUAGCGACUGGUCAGCAUGUGGAGAAGAGAUCAGCACAAAAACUUCUUUUCAAGACUGCACAAAAAAACGGGCACAGGUAAAUCUUUCUUAUUCUGGCAGUGGCCCAGAUAUGUUUGGGCUAGUGUCAAGCAUUUUAGAGGAGCCAAACAAGACAGAACCGGUUACAGAUUGGAAUUCUCUUUCAAGAUUGUUUCCACCAAUGUGGGCACCUGAUCUUGGAAACGAUGGUGAAUUCUCAGGGCUUUCAUCUAAGCACUCUGUAGGAAAUAAGGAUUUUUCAAACCUGAUGUGCACACAGAACUACUACCAAGAAGAGCUGCAGAAGUCGCGUGACGUGGAGAUGUUGCACAGAGGGUUAGAAGAUCUCCAUCUCCUAGAGUCUUGGCUUUCUCCAUCUGGCCCUUGCACUCAGCCUGAUAACAUGCUGAAGAACAGUUAUCCUGACAAUUCCUCUUUCCAGAAUAAGAAUUCAGUUCACCAAGAAGGGUAUUCAUUUCAAAGUGCCAACUACAAUCGGCACUUGCGCAGUUAUGACCACAUGAGGUUAAAUGGGGACUGUGAAAAAAUUGGUCCCAAUUUUAAUACUUUUUCUUCUAGAAACAGACUUAAAGACGACACUACUGUUCAGAAAGACUAUUGGAAAAUUGAAAGAACAAGGGGUAACGUUAUGAAUAAUGAUGCAUGUGAGCAAACUAAAUAUUCCCCUGAUCUUUCCAAUCAGCCUGCUGAUGACUCCUGGGAUAAAACGUCCCAGGACAGCCACUUGUUUUCUAAAAGAUAUGAAAACUUUACAGCUGCUCAUAAAUCACAGUCAUCUGUUCAUCCAUCGCUGUAUUUUUUCAAUCAACCAUCUAAAGAAAAUUUUUCUGGAGUGACAAACAGAAAACCACAGGAAACCCACAUGCAAAAUGGUCAUCAGAGCUUUACUUUGGGGGAUGCUUUUAAUAACAAUGAAUCUAAGAUCCAUGCUAGUCCUAAAGAGUGCUCUCAUAAAACUUUGGAGUAUGAUUUGUCUGUCAAAAAUAUGCAAAAUGGGAGUUACUCGCCCUACCAUAUGUGGCUGGGUGGAAAAACUGCAGGUCCAACAGCUGCGUCAGAUGUUGUGUAUGGAAAGCAGCUGGUAACAAGUCCCCAGUCAGCUUCUGGGGUUUCAACCAUGUCUGGUGGUUCUCCCACCCAUCACUCUGUAACACACUCCUACUUCUCACAGCUCUCCCCUGUCCCCUCUUCAAGAAAGGAUGGAAGGUUACACCCUUCAAAUGGUGUUUCUAAUAAUUUGGGACUUUCUAAUUUCAUCUCGGGAAACCAGAAGCAAACGAAACCCUUUGGACGCUCGCAGCACGAGUCGUUGACCAGUAAGGAGUGGCAGCACAGCAAAUUCCCCACGAGUUUUUCAUCCAACUGGUUAACAGAGCCCAAUGCCGUGAGCGAAGACCCCGAGCUAUUCCACAGAUUUCAAAAAAAGCAAACGCAAGAAAACGGUAAUAAAGAUGAUAGAAGAGGCAGAAGGAAUUGGGUUCCCCAUUUUGGAUACGCAACCCCAAACCGCCCGCAGUUCAACGUGUUCCGAAAAAAGCCCGAGCAGAACGGUGGUAGCAUGUCAGAUCUCAUCAGUCCUUCUUUUCUCCCCUCCUUCCCAUUAAUGGCUGAUUUUAAGCAAAAUCCUGGCUUCCCUCCGUUUAAUCACCACCUGUUUUCAUCAGCAAAUAACUUCAACUUUCCCCCUUCACCCUUACCAUUCUCAGAACUUGUUGAUUUUCUUCAUUAUGACGAUUUUAACCACUUGAACCCCUUCAUCAGUGAUCUGUUUUGUGGGGAAAUAACCGCACCGUACUUUGCCUUUCCAACGCCAUUUAACAAGUACAGACCGCCAAGAAAUCGCAGCGGACCCGCUAAUGAGCUUCAUACCCACCUGGAGGAGUGUUAUGAGCAGUGGAGAGCUCUGGAGAAAGAGAGAAAGAAGACUGAGGCUGACCUCGCAAGAAACUUCCCAGGAAAGCGCAUAUCUAGCUCAAAUAACACUCCUGUGUCUCGGCUGCCUGCUAACCCAUCCCGCGUCGAUCGCUUGAUUGUCGACCAAUUGCGAGAGCAGGCCAGGGUGCUCACCUUGAUAGGGAAAAUGGAAAGGCUUCGUGGUGCCCCUGUGCACGGUAACAUAUCCGCGACGUUGGAACACCACAUGGAAGCCAUCCACGUAACACAAGCGAGGCGUAAGGAUGAGAUUGUUAAUGCUGCUAAUCCGCAGAGACAAGGAGCGCUGCGCUAUAAUAAUGAGAAAGAUGUUUUGGCUCUGGCAGCUGCCAUCAGAGAGUUGGCUGCUUCCACACGCAAGGCUCGUACUGCGCUGUGGUGUGCGCUACAGAUGACUUUGCCAAAAAUCUCUUUAAGCAGCCCAGUACAGCAGGACAACGUUGAAAAGGCCUUGCAAGAGCUCUGUCCUCCAAGCACAAGCACACAGGAAAAAACCUAUGUGGAGCAUGAAAAAGGAAGCAAAAAUGAACAAACUGAGGAACCCAUGAGGAUUCUGGAUUAAUAACAAAUACUUGAAGGGAGGCAGAGGGCUGAGGAUCGGGAGGGAAGGGCAAAAAGCCUGCCUAGUACUGAGGGGGGCGUGUUUUGAUGGGCUAUCGGAAAGUGAAAGGGUUAAAAAUAACUAAUCAGUGCUGCAAUUCUAUUACUGUGAUUCUGGUGUUGAGAGACACAUCCUGUAAUAGUGUUAAUGCAAUUUUAAUAUUGCUGGUGUUGCGAUGUCUGCUACAUAAGAAUUUUAUUAUUAAGGGGAACUAAACAAUAGCUGAGCAUUUUCCUUUGUCUGCUUAUCCAAAGCUCUGUAUCAGCUGUGACUCAAGCCAUGACCCGAGAAACCAGUGAGACAGGACUUAAUUCUCUUUUGUUUAUGAUAUAAUUUUGCAUACUUAAAAAACAAAGAAAAAAACACAUUUUAAAGGUAUUUAAGAAAGGUAUUUAAUUCAGGUGUUUUUUCUUUUGUUUGUUUUGCACCAUGAUGUGGUUCUUUGAAGUGCCAAAGUGAUCAAUAAGUAGAUCGCAUCCUGUCACAGAGCAGUCCACCUCCUGUAUUGUUUCUGUGACUGGGAGUCGUUGAUCGUUCAGGUUAUUGCCAAGUUUAAUGAGAAGAAUCGGUGUUUCCUGGUGGUUCUGCGAGAUGCUUCAGCAGUUGUGCUGCCGAUUCAGUUUCUACCUAGACCAAUGUAGACUGAGAUUUCAUAUCCCUUAUUCCAUAUAACAAUGUUUUACAUCUUAAAAAAAAAAAAAGAUUUUGUAGAUGUGCAGUAAGUUCUGCAUUAGCAGGCGAUAUAAAACUGUCACUCAGGAUCAGAAACUAGAUGUAUUGAUUUCUCACUGGGUUCAAACCCAUGAACUAGAGGUCAUAGUAUGCACUUAAUUAGAAAAUAUUUUUUGUUACUAAUGUAAGUUCAUGGUACUAUAAUUUUCAGAACCAUUCCAUAUUUAUUUUAAUGUCUUUAUUGAAUGUUUAUUUAAAACUUUAUUUUAGUAAUAUAAAGUUGGAUCUUUUUGCCAAACCUUCCGAAUAAUCAGAUUUAACGAUUUACUCAGGAAAUAUGUAUAUUGUAGUAUACACGUGGUAUAUAGGGAUUUUGAGUGGGAAGGGAUGUUUGCAAAAUAUUUACACAAAGCUAACUAUAUACUAGAUUACCAAAGCUGUUUAAUUCAUUUUCCGCAUGGAAGACUUCGUAAACUUAAUUGCUGUUAACUAGUCUCCGUUUUUGUGGCUUAGACAAUCAGAAGUGUCGUGUGUCAGUGUGGAUGUUCAGGGUGAGAAUUAGAAAGGAGAGAGUAAUUCCAGUUUUGUUCGUAGGGCAUGUCAAUAUUUUAAUGCUUUAACAGCUGUCUUAAUGGAACAGGAUCUCUUAACAUGUGCUGGUAACCAGCUGUGGCUCCUGGGCUUUGAGAUAUUAGCGGGUGGCUUUGGAGAGCAGGUCUUAUUUUAAAAGUCAAUUAAGCAUGAAGAAAGGUUGAAAGAU